UCUUUGGUUAGGUGAGCGGAACAGCUAGGUGGCGGGUAGGUAGCUUGGUAGGUACGGUACACCCCGAUACCUACCAGGCUCCUUUUAUCUCUCUUUCUCUUUCCAUCCCUGAUCGCCGCUGGAGAUCACGAUCCAUUGUCGCAUUUGAUGGAGGCCGCCUGCGCCGGCUUAUUCUUGCCCCGAUCUGCCCUCCCCGCCGCCUCCUGGAAGGAGGCGCGAUUCCUCUGCCCGGCACGGACGAGGCAACGGAAGGCGGUGGCUAUGGCGAUGGAGAAUAACGUCGCUGGAGGCGGAGGCUAUGCCGGAGUGCCCAACACUAACUACGUGGUGUCUCUUGAUGCUGUCCCUUAUUCCCUCACGCGCCCCCUUAACGAGAUCCUGAGGGACCUCCACAAGAGAGUGCCGGACAAGAUCAUCGAUGCCGACCACAACUCGAUCCCCUGGUACCAUACGAACAGAAUGCUGAGCUUUUAUGCUCCAGGCUGGUGUGGUGAAGUACGCGAUGUUGUAUUCUCAGACAAUGGAACUGUGACAGUAGUAUACCGAGUUACCAUAAGAGGAUCAGACGGAGAGGCUCACCGUGAGUCGAGUGGAACAGUAUCACUGAAUGAUGCCCAGUUCGAAGAUCCUGUUGCAGCCGCUGAAGAAUUGGCCUUCUGCAAAGCGUGUGCUAGGUUUGGUUUUGGUUUGUAUUUAUAUCACGAGGAUUAGUCUUGGUAGGAUAAGGCCCAUGCUACUUUUUGAGUGUUCCAAAUAAUCUUGCAGUGAUUCCAUUGUGAAAUACAUAUGCAUUUAAUUCAGGAUGUUGAGCUUAA